AUGGAUGUUGCUCGCCAACUCGAACAGACCCCCUCCGGGGAGGUCAUCAAGUGCAUUGACAUGCACACCACUGGAGAACCCACCCGCAUCAUCUACUCUGGAUUCCCCACGCUGAACGGCACUCUUCUAGAGCAACGAGACCAAGCCAAGAGCCAAUAUGACCACAUUCGCAAACGAAUCAUGUUGGAGCCGCGCGGUCACUACGACAUGUACGGUGCGAUCAUUAUUCCAGAGACGGAGCUUGUCCAAUCAGGCGAGGCGCACAUCGGCACUCUGUUCACUCACAACGGUGGAUUCUCGACAAUGUGUGGUCAUGCAACGAUCGCUCUCGGGCGCUUCCUAGUUGACACCCACGACUUGACUGUGUUCCCGCAGCGGAAUGAAUUAAAGCCUGAUAUGACGGCGCGUGAGGUCGAAGUCAAUAUCCACGCGCCCUGUGGCCUGGUUCGGGUUGUGGUUCCUACCUCCGCCGACGGCCAGAAAUCAGAUUCCUCCCGCCCGGUCCGGUUUUUGUCUACUCCGGCAUACUGCGCAGCGAAAGACUUGGAAGUGUCAAUCCCGCCAGAGGUCGCCUGGCCAGAACUCGGUGAGAAGACCUCGAUUCGGCUCGAUGUCUCGUAUGGAGGUGCCUUCUAUGCACUUGUGGAUAUUCGUGAGCUUGGUUUGCACACCGGACUGCAUAAUUUCAGCCUUGAAGCUGUCACGUUUGCUGUGAAGAGGUUGAAGAGGCACCUGGUCACUUUGCCACACGUCAUUGAGGCAUUGCAGCACCCAGAGGACCAGCGAUUGUCAUUCCUUUACUCGGUCAUGGUCGUUGAUCAUGAAAUUGGUUCCAAGCCUGAUGGUGUCGACGGAGCGGAGACCGGUCUUUGCUUCUUCGCAGAAGACCAAAUUGACCGAUCGCCGACUGGGUCAUGCGUGGCUGCUCGUAUGGCCCUAGCGCAUGCCAAGGGAACCAGAAAGCAGGGUCAGACAUGGGCAUACAACUCACUUGUCUCGAACCAUUUCAACACCGGUGCCUUUGUUGCAAACAUCGUCGACGAGGAUGUGAAGAUUGAGGGUCCCAAUACCCAGACGGCUAGGAGCGGCGUCGUUGUUCUGGUCGAGGGAAACGCAUACUAUACAGGAACGAUGUCUUUCAUUGUCGAACAAGGUGAUUGUACGAGUGAGAGUGGUUUUGUCUUGGGCGCUUGUACAUAA